CCUCUCUGCUCUCAGAAGAAGCCACAGAGAGGAGACGCACUAUUAAAUACAGGAAGUGCUGAUAACCAACCGCCUCUCUUCCUUUCUGCGCUGCAGUUCUUUGGGGGAUGGACAGUCUCUCAGUCUCUCAGUCUCUCAGGUCGCUGCUUCAGUUCAGGAGUUUGCAAAAUGGAGACUCUGGUGCACCAGGAAGAUAAACUGUGUCUGUCCUCUGUGGACUCUGCAGAGACACCUGGAACUACAGCUCUGACAGUCGCUCCAGGAGAUUCUUCACACCGUCAGCCGGCUGGUUCAGGAUCCGUCCCUCUGCUCCGGCUGUCGCCCCCAGAAACCAGAGAAGAAGAAUCAAACUCACACUCCAGUCCGAACAGUCCAGAGGACCAAAGCUUCCUCAUCCCCAGGAGCAGCCCGGUCAUCUCCAGACGCCACAGGCUCGUCUCCUGGCAGGGGGGGGGCGCCGACACGUCUGCCCCAUCCAGCUCGGACUCUCUGCCUCCUGCUUCGGGUUCUGAGUCUCUGCAUCAGCGUCGAGGCCCGACAGUCACCAGUCUGGAGGAAGUGGGACCCAAACCGAGCUCCUCUCACCCCCCGCCCCCCCAGCAGGACAAGAAGCCGUCCUGCGUCUCCGCCUCGUCACACCUGAUCCGUCUCCUCAGCGCUGAGCUCCACCCUCCCUGCAGCGGACAGCAGGGACUGGCUGAGGAGCAAAGAGGGCGGGGCCUAAGCAGCUGUGAUGCCCCUCCCUCAUCAGAGAGAAGGUGCAGUGGUAUCCCAGAACUCUCUGCAGACAUCUUUCGGAGCAGCUGUGAGCUGGAGAUGGAGAACGCUCACUUCAUUGUGGUGGACAUGAUGCUAGAGGUGCUGGAAGCUGUGAAGUGGACUCUGACCUCUGAUGGAGCGACGUCCACCACGGACACACACCGACACACACUCUGCAACACGAGCUCGGUGCAGCACGGAGCGCCACACGAGCAGAGAUGCGACACACACACGUCUUAUAGAAAGACACACUCGUAUGCACACACACGCCGACACACGCAGGAGGAGGGAGCAGAACGUGAAACGCCGAAGACCUUCUCCGUCCUCUCCACUGACAGCGGAUUUGAAGACUGCGGCAUCGACGCCUCGCUGACACCGAGAGACUCUCACAGGAAUGCGGAGUGUCUGGCGCAGCAGCUGGUGCUGGAGUUCAGGAGGAGCUGGCUUCCUUCCCAUGAGCCUCGGCGUGGACGGCAAAGCCUGCGUAGCUCCCUGCAGGAGCUGCCAGGUACUGGAGAAGUGGCGGUGAGCAGCGGCAGCCUGGCGGAGGAGAUCAGACUGAGGACCAGGAUGAGAGGAUCCCUGAGCUGGGCCCCCCCACGCUUCCAGAUCAUCUUCACUGUUCAGCCAACCCAAAGACGCAGUGAAGUAAUAUCUCUGCAGCACUUCCUGUGUGCAGGCUGUGGGACGAUGGUGGAGCCCAGGUACAUCAAGAAACUGCGGUAUUGUGAAUAUCUCGGCAGAUAUUUCUGUGACUGCUGUCACGGCGGCUCUGACGCGUUGAUUCCUGGUCGAAUUCUGUCCUGCUGGGACUUCGGCAGAUAUCCUGUGAGUGAUUUCUCCAAACAGCUGCUGGAGUCCAUCUGGCUUCAGCCUCUGUUUGAUCUGAACUGUGUCGGGAAGACGCUGUGCAGCAAAGUGAAGGAGCUGGACAAGUUCAGGGAGCUGCAGGAACAGCUGACGGACAUCAAGAAGCUGCUGAGCGCCUGCAGAUUCUCUGGAGGGUUAAUGUCUGAGUUCGAGCAGCUUCCUGCUCACCUGUUGGAGCCGCCUCACCUCUUCUCCAUGGACGACCUGCUGAGAGUGAAGAAGGGUCAGCUGGUGGCGCAGGCCCGAGCGCUGCUGCACUCUGCAGUCCAACAUGUCCACAGCUGUGAGUUGUGUCUGGCCCGAGGUUUUAUCUGUGAGUUCUGCAGACAAAGAGACAUCAUCUUUCCCUUCCAGAGGGACAUAUGUAGGCGCUGUGCAGUGUGCAGAGCCUGCUUUCACAAACACUGCUUUGUGGAGAAGAAGUGUCCAAAAUGUGCACGAAUGCAGUCCCGGAGGAAAUGUCCCGACAGAUCCAUGAAGUGAAUCUGAAGCAGCUUCAUGAUUCAGAUUCUUUAUCUUCACUCGGCUCAUAUUAAACACUGUUGUACAUUAAACAUACACUUUUUUUAAACUCAGGGAAUAAAAACUCACUCUGCUUCAGUGAAUCUCCAAUAUUUCAUGUUUCCUGUGGAAAUUAAAUUGUCAUGAGCUUCAAUACACUUGGUGGUGCAG